AUGCAUCCGCAACGUGAAUCAAUAAUACUGGACGAUCCAAUAACCGAAUUUUAUGAAAAAAUUCUGGAUCUUAAAAUGUCUCAGAUGAAGGGUAGUGUUGCCGAUGAAGUGUACAAAGAACAAGCGGAAAGCAAGCGAGAGGAGAUCAAGUCGGCCUAUUCCCAACCAGGAAAAAAGCCAAGAAGUAAUCGAGAUACAAUUAUGACGAUUCUUAACGUGGCCGAAAAGAAUAAUCUCAAUAACAAUGUUGCCCCGAAACGAUUCAACGCUCGUUCUAAACGAAAGAAGUGA